ACCACGCUGCAGGGAUUCUAGGGAGCUGGCUAGGGCGAGGCCAGGAGCGACCGGGGCGGACACCCUGUUGCUGCAGGAGGGGGUGACGGUCCUGAUGCAAGGAUGCAAGGCUGUGCCACGUGGCCCUUGAUUAUCCUGGAAAAAGCCUUGAACCAUGCAUGCAUCCGAGCCAGACACGAGUGCAAAGAGAGCGCUCGUGCAGCUUAAAAUUAGCAAAUGGCCCAAAGAGAUUCCAAGAUUUCGACUCUGGGCUUGAAACAGUUGAGUCUCUCCACUAUACGUCUCACAAGACAUCUUUCCAGUUCUCAUUCACACUCAACUAGCGAGGCUUCACUUUCAAGUUCCUGGCAGUGGACGGGUGUAGCAUUGGCGAUGGAGUCCUCUCAAGGUCUCAGGAGACCCCGUUUUAUUUCAAAUGAUAUUUUGAAUGUGUCUGUAUUGUGUCAGAAACAUAGACGGACACAUUCAUGUCCUCUCACAAUAGAGAUUUCUUGAAUAACAAUAAAAUCAAUCACAAGGUUCGUCAGCACUGUUGGUAGCACCUUGCUAAGUAUUCCCAGGUCCCCCGAUGGCUGGGUGAGGCCCACACACUUCCUUUCUCCGAAGCUACUAUUAACUCUCAGAUUACACAUCACACAACACCCAGGCUUCUGUAUGCUGCCUUCUGCACUCCGGCUCCCUACAGGCAUCCGGCUCGCCCUGUCCCGGGUCUGCAGUUCUUCUUGUUCCUUCAUGGAUCUGAAGGCCCUCCUUUCCUCCUUAAAUGACUUUGCAUCUCUCUCCUUUGCCGAGAGUUGGGACAACGUGGGGUUGCUGGUGGAACCGAGCCCGCCCCACACAGUCCGUACGCUCUUCCUGACCAAUGACUUGACCGAGGCGGUCAUGGACGAGGCCCUGCAAAAGAAGGCGGAUCUCAUUCUCUCCUACCACCCACCGAUUUUCCGCGCCAUGAAGCACAUAACUUGGAAAACCUGGAAGGAGCGCCUGGUUAUCCGGGCCCUGGAGAACAGGGUCGCCAUCUACUCUCCCCACACGGCCUAUGACGCCGCACCCCAGGGAGUCAACACCUGGCUGGCCAAAGGGCUCGGAGCUGGUACCGCCAGGCCCAUCCACCCUUCCACAGCUCCCACCUGCCCCACAGAGGGAGCUCACCGGCUAGAAUUCAACGUGAGUCACACCCAAGACCUGGACAAAGUCAUGUCUGUGGUGAAAGGAAUCGGAGACGUGUCUGUCACUUCUUUUCCUGCUAGGCGUGAUGGUGAGGAGGAGACACGGAUCAGCCUGAACUGUACUCGGAAAACAUUGAUGCAGGUGCUGGCCUUUCUCUCCCAGAACCAACAACUUUAUCAGAAAACUGAAAUUCUGUCCCUGGAGAAGCCUCUGCUUCUGGAUACUGGAAUGGGACGGCUGUGCACACUGGAUGAAGCUGUCUCCCUGGCAACAAUGAUAGAGCGGAUCAAAGGACACCUAAAGUUAUCUCAUGUCCGCUUAGCUCUCGGAGUAGGGAAGACCUUGGAGUCCCCAGUCAAAGUUGUGGCCCUGUGCGCUGGUUCUGGGGGCAGCGUUCUACAAGGAGUGGAGGCUGACCUUUACCUGACAGGUGAAAUGUCCCACCAUGACGUCCUGGAUGCGGCUUCCAAAGGAAUAAACGUCAUUCUCUGUGAACACAGCAACACCGAACGAGGCUUCCUUUCCGAUCUUCAAGAGAUGCUGGGUGCUCAUUUGGAGAAUAAGAUUAAUAUUAUCGUGUCUGAGACAGACAGGGACCCUCUUUGCGUGGUUUAGAGAGCAGAGGGCGUCAGCGACACAAGCUGUGCAUCAUUUGGAUGGAAACAGGGACGUGCAGGGAGAGUUACGGUGCUGUCGCCUUCCUGCAGAAGCGGGCUCCAAAGACGUCGUUCAAGUUCAUCAGUAAGGUUCCAAAUGAUGGCUCACAAGGUAAAGAGUGCAAUAAAGCCAAGUAUUCACUAUAAACUCUUGAAAAGGACAACUAAAACUUGUAUAUCACUAGG